UGAUCUAAAUCUCUGUCUCCUUUUUCAGAUUUGUUUAUUGGUUAAAUGAGAUUUGAAUGUGUACAUAAGUGGGCUGGCUAAGCUACGCUAAGCUAAGCUAACUCGGCUGGCAGUGUAGCUUCAUAGUUACAGUCCAGACAUGAGAGCGGUAUUCUCAUCCAACUCAUCAGGCAAGAUGGCAAAUGUGAUUUCCCAAAUAUCCGACUCUUCUUUCCUCUUCCACGUGUCCAGACGUCGGGUGAAGGAGUCCUGAUCUGCGGCUGAUGAAGAUCGCUUCACGUCUCAAAACCCUCGACGUGAACAUGGAGCGAUGGCCCAUCGCUCCGGACGGCUACAUCCCCAACUCUGUGAUCCGCGGCUGGGGAAAGAAGAGGAAGCGCCUUCCCCAGACGGACGAAUCGGACAACCUCUUUUCCGGCGGUCAUCGUGAGCAGGCGAGGAAGAAAGAAAGUGAAUGCGAGGAGGAGGAUGAGGAUGAGGAGGAGGAGGAGGAGGAGGAGGAGGAGAAAGCGAAGGUGGGGAUGAGCGAGAGAAGUGUCCUCCUGAAGGAGUCCUACAUCGUCCGGACGAAGAUCCGCCAGCAGAAGACAUCUGACGGCGGACGGAUGGAGGCGGAGCCUCGGAGGCAAACGCUCGGCGACGGUUCAACAAAGGCCGAGCGCCGUGUGAGUGAUACGUCUCCGAUGGUCUGCAGUCGUUCAGAAGCUUCUCACAUUCUGCAAAUCCGUACAAAAACUGAAUCUGUAUACUCUUUCAAUUCAUUAAUUUCUAGCCCGAUCUUAAGUCAUUCAAAAGAAAGUAAACAACAGGGAGAGCAGAGAGAAGAACCUCCACUCCAACGUCUCAAUGACCAGAGAAGGAACACCUUCAUAACCAACGUGGAAACUCCUGUGGUGUCUGCAGAUGACGUCCUCUCAAAGCAAGAACCCAGGAUCACCUCAAACACACCACCAAGAGAGACCCAACACUUGACUCUUCAGUCCCUGAAGCCUCCAUUUCCAACCCCAGUAAAUCCUCAACCCCAACCAGACCAUAGAUCUCAUCCCCUGAAGCCUCCUCCUGCAACCCCAGUUCAUCCUCAACCCCAACCAGACCAUAGAUCUCGUCCCCUGAAGCCUCCCUCUGUAACCCCAGUUCAUCCUCAACCCCAACCAGACCAUAGAUCUCGUCCCCUGAAGCCUCCCUCUGUUACCCCAGUUCAUCCUCAACCCCAACCAGACCUUGGAUCUCAUCCCCUGAAGCCUCCUCCUGCAACCCCAGUUCAUCCUCAACCCCAACCAGACCAUAGAUCUCAUCCCCUGAAGCCUCCCUCUGUAACCCCAGUUCAUCCUCAACCCCAACCAGACCUUGGAUCUCAUCCCCUGAAGCCUCCUCCUGCAACCCCAGUUCAUCCUCAACCCCAACCAGACCAUAGAUCUCGUCCCCUGAAGCCUCCCUCUGUAACCCCAGUUCAUCCUCAACCCCAACCAGACCAUAGAUCUCAUCCCCUGAAGCCUCCCUCUGUAACCCCAGUUCAUCCUCAACCCCAACCAGACCAUAGAUCUCAUCACCUGAAGCCUCCCUCUGUUACCCCAGUUCAUCCUCAACCCCAACCAGACCAUAGAUCUCAUCCCCUGAAGCCUCCCUCUGUAACCCCAGUUCAUCCUCAACCCCAACCAGACCUUGGAUCUCAUCCCCUGAAGCCUCCUCCUGCAACCCCAGUUCAUCCUCAACCCCAACCAGAUCUUGGACCUCCUGAGAUCUCGCCAAUAAGAUGCAAUAGGUUCCUCCUCUGUUCCACCAAAUAUAACAACAUCGGAAACCAAACACAGGUACCCCUCGAUCGAAGAGUCUUGGAGCUCCACAAGAAGUUCAAAGUUCACAACAACAACUCGCCUGGCCUUGGAAAAACCUCCAUCAUCACCGAGCCUCCUCUUGCUUCCCCGCACUCCACCGUUCAGUCUAAUUCUGCUGGGCUGAAGUCCGAGUGGAGGAAGAACCUACACAAUCCUCUCCAGGGGUUCAGUUCUCCGCCGCCCACUAGAGCGCUUCCUGUUGAGUCUUCCAACGCCGGAGAGUUUUCGCCGAUCAAUCCUUCACUGUGCCCCGGCGUGGGGGCAGUACACCAGAGGGUGGUGCAGAGGAUUCUGAUGAAAGACUCUCUGGACCCCCCAUCCUUCCACUUCCACCACGUGAUCCCAUUGAACGCCCAACAGACCUUCUUCCCUUUGAAUCCCAGUGGGAAGACUCGGUAUGGCAGGCUGCAGUUCGACUGGAUGAGGGGGCGUGACGAGGGCCAGCUGUGGUUAGAACCAUCGAGACAGAGGUCAGCUUUGUACGAUCUCUCUAGAUCUACCUAGCAACAGGCGAGCACUGAGGUUGUUUGGUCGAACAAUAAAACAAUCUGCUGCAAUU